AUGACCACUGACGCGGUCAUCGUGAGCAGAGACAGGGCCUUGAUGAUCCCCGAGAUCGUCAUGGUUAUCGGGUCUUUCCUUCCCCUCUUCGAGCGCGCAGAGUCCGGUCUACAUGGCCUGGUCACCAAAUGGAACCCGAAACAUCUCCUCAGCGCCGCCGCCGUCUGCAAGGUCUGGCGCCAGACCCUUACCCCAGUUCUCUGGCAGAUAUACGACUUUGCAAUCAUGGACUGGGUCCCAUCGAGUGUCCUCACCCAAAACAUCCGUCACGUCCGCCACCUCUCCUUGCUCGACACGAAGCACAAAAAAAAUGCUGAUCUCUGGGAGGCCCUCACCCACCACAAGCACAUCAACAAGUUGGAGGUGCACGAUGCCGUUUUCUCUGUCAAGCGUCUCCUCGGUCCCAACGCACAGAACAUGAAAGAGCUCAAGGUGUCCGGAAACUGCACACGAAUGCACCCCUUCCUGCUCCUGUUUGUCGAGCGUCAAGUGGCCCUCCAGUCUUUGGAGCUGACCCGUGUCAAGAUUACAAAGUCGGACUGGACGCGCAUUGUCUACAACAAGCCUCACCUCAAGAAACUGAUCAUUUCCCAACAGUGCGAGUUCGUGGGCUUCGAGGAUGACGACGACGAGGACAACAACGAAACCAGUACAGUACAUUUGAAGGGCGACCAGUCCGUUGGAUCGAUGGCAAUGGAUGCGGUUGCCAAUACGGACAACACCAACGCCCCGACGAGUAGUGGAGGGGGAUCGAACAAGCGGAAGAGCGUUGACGAAGGAGCCGAUGAAGGUAGCAACAAGCGCAGACGCUCCCAGGAUAGCGGUCUGAAUUUGUUGUCUGCAAGGAGACCCGAGAUUCUCCCAGUCACCCACCUUGUCCUGAGCAGCAAUCGUCUGCACCUCCCUUUCCAGAAGGCGAUCUUCAAGGCCAGCCCACACGUUGAGAAGCUUGAGAUAUGCUACACGCAUAAAGCCGACGGGACCACGAUUGCCAGUCUCGUUGCCGAGAGCUGCCCCAGGAUCCGCCACCUGACGCUGAAGAGCAGACGUCAGCCAUGGACAUUGGCGAUGCUGGAGGGUAUGCCACAGUCAGUGGAGGAGCUAAUCCUUCACACUGGGCAACUGGACUUGGAUAUGGUGGCGGCAAUCAAGGACCGAAAGGAUGUGCUGACCAGAUUGGAGCUUGAUUUCGGAAAAGGCAGCAAGGGCAAGCGCCGCUUGGAGUGCAUUCUGCUGUUAUUGCAGGCGUGUUCGGAGCUCAGAGAGUUCACAUACCACAAUCACGCAGAGGGGAUGCUAUUCCAGGAAGUCAUGUUCAAGAAGGCCUGGAACUUGCCUAACCUCCGCAGGCUGCAUUUCCAUGGUAUCGCCUUUCGAGCCCAGUACAAUGACCUCUCCCGAGUCCCCGUCCCUAACAGCUGGAAAAAAGAGAACCGAGUUCGAAAUCACCGCUGCUGCAGCACCCGGACUGCUGGGGAUAUCGACCAUCCAGGUAACAUGGCACCCUCCCUCCUCUUCGACAAAGCCUUACUGGAUCACGUCAAGGGCCUCCCCAACCUCUCCGAGGUCAUUGUCACCGAGGUGAAAUAUCGCAAGAGGCUCAACUAG